GGUUUAAGAAGGAGAUUGUGGUGGAUGGCCAGAGUUACCUGCUGCUGAUCCGAGAUGAAGGAGGCCCCCCUGAGCUCCAGUUUGCCGCCUGGGUGGACGCAGUGGUGUUUGUGUUCAGCCUGGAGGAUGAGAUCAGCUUCCAGACAGUGUACAACUACUUCCUGCGCCUCUGCAGCUUCCGCAACACCAGCGAGGUGCCCAUGGUGCUGGUGGGCACACAGGACGCCAUCAGUGCCGCGAACCCGCGGGUCAUUGACGACAGCAGGGCCCGCAAGCUGUCCACAGACUUGAAGCGGUGCACCUACUACGAGACGUGUGCCACCUACGGGCUCAACGUGGAGCGCGUCUUCCAGGACGUGGCCCAGAAGGUAGUGGCCUUGCGGAAGAAGCAGCAGCUGGCCAUCGGGCCCUGCAAGUCACUGCCCAACUCCCCCAGCCACUCGGCCGUGUCCGCCGCCUCCAUCCCAGCCGUACACGUCAACCAGGCCACGAAUGGCGGCAGCAGCGCCUUCAGCGACUACUCGGCCUCAGUCCCCUCCACGCCCAGCAUCAGCCAGCGGGAGCUGCGCGUGGAGACCAUCGCUGCCUCCUCCACCCCCACACCCAUCCGCAAGCAGUCCAAGCGGCGCUCCAACAUCUUCACGUCUCGAAAGGGUGCCGACUUGGACCGGGAGAAGAAGGCCGCCGAGUGCAAGGUGGACAGCAUCGGGAGCGGCCGGGCCAUCCCCAUCAAACAGGGCAUCCUGCUCAAGCGGAGCGGCAAGUCCCUGAACAAGGAGUGGAAGAAGAAGUACGUGACCCUGUGUGACAACGGGCUGCUCACCUACCACCCCAGCCUGCACGACUAUAUGCAGAACAUCCACGGCAAGGAGAUCGACCUGCUGCGGACCACCGUCAAGGUGCCCGGGAAGCGCCUACCGCGAGCCACGCCGGCCACAGCCCCCGGCACCAGCCCCCGGGCCAACGGGCUGGCCUUGGAGCGGAGUAGCACGCAGCUGGGCGGAGGCACAGAGGCCGAGGAGUCGUUCGAGUUCGUGGUGGUGUCCCUCACCGGGCAGACGUGGCACUUUGAGGCCUCGACGGCUGAGGAGCGGGAGCUAUGGGUGCAGAGCGUGCAGGCUCAGAUCCUCGCCAGCCUGCAGGGCUGCCGCAGCGCCAAGGACAAGACUCGACUGGGGAGCCAGAACGCAGCUCUGGCUGUGCAGGCCGUCCGCACCGUCCGGGGCAACAGCUUCUGUAUUGACUGCGACGCCCCCAAUCCGGACUGGGCCAGCCUGAACCUGGGUGCGCUCAUGUGCAUCGAGUGCUCCGGGACGCACCGGCAUCUGGGGGCUCACCUGUCCCGGGUCCGCUCCCUCGACCUCGACGACUGGCCACCCGAGCUGCUGGCCGUCAUGACCGCCAUGGGCAACGCCCUGGCCAACAGCGUCUGGGAGGGGGCCCUGGACGGCUAUGCUAAGCCGGGGCCUGACGCCUGCAGAGAAGAGAAGGAGCGCUGGAUCCGGGCCAAGUACGAGCAGAAGCUCUUCCUGGCCCCGCUGCCCAGCUCGGAUGUGCCGCUGGGCCAGCAGCUGCUCCGGGCGGUGGUGGAGGACGACCUGCGGCUGCUGGUGACGCUCCUGGCGCACGGGUCCAAGGAGGAGGUGAACGAGACCUACGGCGACGGGGACGGGCGGACGGCUCUGCACCUGUCCAGCGCCAUGGCCAACGUGGUCUUCACGCAGCUGCUCAUCUGGUACGGGGUGGACGUGCGGAGCCGGGACGCCCGCGGCCUGACCCCGCUGGCCUACGCGCGGCGCGCCGGCAGCCAGGAGUGUGCCGACAUCCUCGUCCAGCACGGCUGCCCCGGCGAGGGCUGUGGCGCGGCCCCCGCCCCCGGCCGAGAGCCGCCCAGCGGCGCCAGCGCCUCCGCCGAGCUGCGCCGCAGCCCCAGCCUCCUGUGAGCCCCAGAGAGGCCGGAGGGGCCAGGACUGACGCCGGGCGCGGGCACCCACUCCCUCCAGGCCCUGGGGGAGACGAGACACACAGAGACUGGGACCCAGGGACCCGGGAAGAGUCUGGGAGGAGAGCCGGACGGGAGGGUCAGAGGAGACGCCUGGGACUCCAGCCGCCACAGCUGUUUGGCCCCUGCCUGGCCUGCGCCGCCGCGGAGGGACGAGAUGCUUUGGGGGUGCUGUGAGAGGAGGGGAGCAGGACCUCGCCCUCCUCCAGGUUCCUGCCUUCCCGUACCAGCCCCCUGUAGGCCCCCCCACCCAUAGCCGGGAGCCUGGGCGGGGCAGAGGUCCCAUGUAAAUGUGUACAUUGCAGUAUUUAUGUUUGUGUACAUACUUGGUGUGUGUGUGUAAUGAGCCAAUAAACCAGACCGUGUGUGCGUG